AUCUUUGCUUUACUUUCAAUUAUUGUUGCAGCAGUAAUAAUAAGGUUAGACUCUCAGUUCCAAUUUCCAAAGAAGUUUUAUUACUCGGUCUAGCCGGAAAAUUAACAAAGAAUCCGUGUGUUUAAUAUAAUAAUCGACGGCAACAUCUUAAGGACCAGUAGUCAGUGACGGAUCACUGAUGGCGUGUCGCCUCUGUCAACAAAGCAAAAACGACCACAAAUCUCGGUCGCUAGCGCUCUUCCAAUUAAUUUAAACACCCGUAAUUCUAAAUUUCUAAUAGCCAAAUCAACAUGGCUGAUGCUUGGAAGCAGGACGAUAAGGAGCAGGUGCCCCCCCUUGCGGUGGCAGCCGUGGUCGAGGCCCGCACCGGUGAGCACGACGAGGCCACCCGGUGGCCCUCGGUGCCGUACCUCCGGAAGAGGCAGUGCGCGCUGUGGUGCUGCGGGUGCUGCGCUGCCACCCUCCUCCUCCUCGGCCUCGCCGUCCUCAUCCUUUCCCUCACCGUGCUCAGGGCCAUGGACCCCACGCUGACAGUGAACGACAUCUCCCUCCCUCGCUUCAGCGCCGAGCCCGGGGACUUCGGCGGCGACAGCCUGGUGUGCGUCAACGCCACGCUGCUGGCCGACCUGUCCCUCAGGAACCCCAACGUGGCGUCGUUCCGCUUCGGCCGCAGCGCCACCGAACUCUACUACGGCGGGGAGACGGUGGGAGUGGCGUACUUGCCGGAGGGAAAGGUGGGCGCGCGGCGGACGUCACGACUGACCGCGACGGUGGACGUGCUGACCACACGCGUGGCGCGGCGGAUGAACGUCACGCCGGAGAUGGUAACCAGCGGGACGGCUACCGUUGAGUUCACCAGCUUCACGGACGUCUCCGGGAAGGUGACCGUGCUCGGCGUGUACAAGCGCAAGAUCGAGAUCGCCAUGAACUGCAGCCUGACGCUGACGCUGUACACCUUCCGCCGGGCCUCGGUCACCACCAACCAAUGCUCUGCAAAUGUCAGUUAAUAACACAUAGAGAUGUUAUCUGGCUCUGAUACGUGUUUCCCGCUUCUCGAUUGUGAUUGAGAUUGGUUAGAUGAAAUGCGAUUUUGAUAAGGAGAACGGAAUUCAAUCGAUUGGUUGUCAAUUGUUGAAUAGAGAAGACGAAGUGGAAUUGGUAGGUGGAGAUUAGCUCAAGUGCUGAUACACAUGGGUCAACUAAUUAGGUAGAGAAGGAUUAUUAGAGGGAAAUUUUGUUCGGAUGAAAAAGAAACGAGAGUAGGUCACCGAUUUGGACAUCAGGCAUGAGAUGUCUGGGUUGCUAGAAAGUGUGUUUCCGAUUCCUGUUAUUCAGAAAUUGUCUUAAGAUUGCUCUUGUUCAUAAUUGGAUUU